AUGUAUGGAAAUAUUGUGAUAUUGACGACACUUUUGUUAUUAACACAAUUAUUAACAUCAAUACAAGUAGUGUUGAGUCAAAGUGCUGGGAAUGUUAGCCCUGAGCUAACUGAGGAACAGUUAGCCGAAGAACUUGAACGUCGGAUUACUCAGAAUGUGGUCAAACUUGCGGCCACUGAUCAAUUGAAUUCGGAAAUUGUGACCAACCGUAGUCGGGCCUAUCUAUCGUGCGAAUCGGGCGAAAUGAUUGUCAAAAUUAAUUUUUCCGAACCAUUUCGCGGUAUCGGUUAUUCGGAUUACGACCGGACCAGUCCGUGCAAGUUCUACGGUGACGGUAACCGUUACUAUGAGAUGCGGUUGCCGUUGAAAGGGUGCGGUACGAAACAGGAGGCCCCGCGACUGUUCAUCAAUAAUAUAAUAUUGCGAUUUCAUCGGACACUGGAGCUCGAAGAGGACGAAAUUAAGACAAUUGUUUGCCGCUAUCCGCCACCGUUGGCACCGCCGCCGCCCAGUAUAUCGGCACCGAUACUUGAAAUACCGCCGCCACCGCCGGUACCCAUAGCGGCCAAACUAUCCGAAGUUGAACUGUUGUUGAUUAUCAGUGCACUGCUGUUUCUGACUCUACUGUUGCUGGGUAUAGGUAUGGCCUACUAUUGCCUGAAACGGCGUAACAUCAAAGUUGUCCGGAAACGUAAAUUCAUUAGCAGUCCGCCUACUGAGCUGACCAUCGAACCGGUUCACAUACCCCGGGUAGCUGUCAGCACAAGUAGUUCAGAGUAUCCCUCGUCAGAGGAAAUCAGUGUUAUCAGUGAUACGUCGAGUAUCCGACGGGAUCACUAUAGCUACGAGAAUCAGGCAUUUAUUCCCGAACCCUAUCCGAUGGAUGUGGACAGGGAUGAGUCGAUUGCAUCGUUGCCGGUACCGAUGAUGGCCAAACCAAAUAUUACGAAACUGGAUUUGUUGUCGACUUUUUACGAUACCGAACAUCUGACCGAUACGGAUGUCUACAAUACCAGACAUCUGAGAACUACGACACAGUUGUUUGAAAAGCCGCCGACACCGAUGGCUUCGUCCAUUUACGGCAGUAUUCCCGACAACGAUAUGUGGUCGCACAGUGAACUGGAAGAUCUGCCCGUACAGCGGCCAUACGUUCGGCCGCCAAAACUUAGCGUCAAAAAUAUUGACGACUAUUAUCUGACCACUCAAUAUAUUACCGACGUAGACGAAAAUGUUGUUCGAAACGAUAGACUGGCCGCCAGACCACCGAUGAUUACGACAAAAAAUACUGAUGAUCUGUAUUUGACUGAAGGAGACGAAACCGAUAUCAACGAAGACAUUACUAGAUAUACCUCAAUAACGCCGACUAAACCGAAGAUUACAUCGAAAACAACUGACGACUUGUUUAUCAAUCCCGAAGACGUAACCGAUAUUACCGAAGAUGUGACAACUCAUCGGCGAUUAACUUAUCCGAAACCAGUAGUUACCGCACAGACAACAGACGACUAUUAUAGGACUACUGAUCGACAGACAACUGAACUGAUUGACGACACAACUACCCGACAACGUAUUGUUAUGCCGGAGCCGACUAGUCGGGGGCCAACAUAUACUCAACAGGACAUCGAUGACCGAUAUGUUGAUGUUAGCGAAACAACUGAAGUAACGGAUGACACAUCUACCAGAAAACUUGUCAAAUAUCCGAUACCUAAAUACCUGAUCCACACUACAGAUGAUACGUUCAUAACGAACAUCUCGGAAACCGAAACCAUUGAACACAUUACUGCCAACGAUCGUCAGGAGCCACCACUGCCGCCACCGUUACCAUCGCUGUUACCGCCGAAACAACAGCAACGGCCGGACAUACCUCAGAUCGAGUCGACAUCGACCAGACAUCACAAGCAAACAUCGAAACAAUCGGUAGAAGAUUGGGAACUGGAAAUAACCAAAUCAUUGAGGGAAUUGACUGGACCUCAACCAACACAACCGCCGUCGUCGCCACCGUCACAACCACAACAGCCACAGCCAACGACUACUACCACCACAACGACAACAAUGACAACUCGCGAUGAUUAUACCAGUUAUGAGGAAACCAAGAUUACAGCCAUAUAUGAAGCGCUGGACAAUCCACCGCCCAGUCUAUCGCCACAAACUGAUAGACAGAGACUAACACCGGAUGUUAGGCAACGGUUCCGUACACUCGUGGAAACAGAUGACGAGUUCCGGACAUUGAUAGUCGAAAGCAAUACCGUUGAGGAAUAUACAUCCAUAAGUCGUAUGACACAAUACGAGUCGAUAUUUGAAUCGGAGACUUGGAUUACCAUUAUUGAGGUGUUGUCGACAGUAACUGUUGUUGAAUAUGUGCCAAAACUGCCGACAUCGAGGCCAAGGCCAUCUAUCAUAUCGGAUGAUAUACCAUUUGACUUUAUUAGGUCACGGCGAACAUCCCACACGGGAUCGAUAGUCGAAGUCCGGUCACUUACCGAAGAGGACGUUACGUUUGCCCGAACCGAUUCGUUUCGUUACCGAUCAUCGGGCAUACAUAUGCCGACACGUAUACCCCGUAUUUCGCACCCAUAUCUGACCAGAACACUAUUGUCACCGGUAUCGUCGUCCGUAGCAUCGCCGCCGCCGCCGCUGGUCGACUAUUGGUCACCAGAUAGUAGUAGUCGGCCCUAUUCGCCAGAUAUCGAUGCUCUAAGUCUGGCAUUGCCUACUAUACCUACCACUGGCGGCUUAAGUACCACAUCGUAUACAUCGUACGGUAGAAGCCAGGCCUACAAUAGGUUAGCCCGUGUUAGGCAAACACUGGACCGUACGUCUACCGAUAUGGAGACAGUCAAAUCGGUAACCGAAAAACAGGUGCGCGAUUGGAAACGGUAGAUGAUAUUUGUU